AUGCAUAAGGACCAGGCUAUAUAUAUAAUCAAACAUAGAUUGGUGAUUGAAAUUGAAUGGUGUGUGUGUGAGUUGGGGCAAGUCAGAAUGGCUAACAUGCAAAUUGUCCCUGCUUAUAAGAAUAUUGUGGAGGCACAGUAUGUUGAAAUGAUGGUUCCCUUGUACUCUUAUGGAUGUGAGAAGAAAGUAAAGAAAAGCUUAUCCCCUCUUAAAGGCAUAUACUCGGUCAAUGUGGAUUUCUGUCAACAAAAGGUGACAGUGUGGGGAAUUUGCAACAAAUAUGAUGUGCUAGAAACAGUGAGAAGCAAGAGAAAAGGGGCCUGUUUUUGGAACCAAGAAGACAAUGUUGUGCUUGAAAAUUCACCAUCAUCAUCUUCACCAACUCCAUUACCAGCCAUUCCUCACAAGGAUUUUAAGCGCUCUUUAUCUUUGACUAAGGUCCGGACUCUAAGUUUGAAAGCAUGGAAGAAGGUCUUUGCUAGAUCUUAUUCUUUCUAAAAAGAACAAGUCAUCAUGUUUGGAAACCCAAAUAAAUUCUUGAGGAAAAAUCAAUUCUGAUGAGAAGUUAGCUUAUGAAUUUUAGAAUUAAUUCUGAAGAAAGAAUAGUUGAUCCAAACAUGGUAGUAGUAACAAUCGAGCGGCAUGUUAAAAAUGAGUGUAAAUUUAGGAGUGGCUGUGUUCCAUGUCUCUGACUUGUAUAUAUUUUUCAGCUGGUUCUAGCAUUUAGGCUAUCUAUCCUUCCUCUGUUUUGUUUUAAAUGUAAUGUAUUUGAGCUUUAAUUCUUCAUUGAAUCUGAUAUCAAAACAUUAUGAUGGAGCAUCCACACAUUACAGCUAGUCUAUGCUAAAAAAACAAUCACUUAUGGUGCUA